UGACUUCCGAAAGGGCCUACCCAGUCUCGGAAGGCUGACCUGACCCGAUCCUUUUAUUUUUCUUUCCCCAUUCCAUCGAGUCCUUCCUUGUUUCUGACCCAUUCACACUACCACUGUGUGUCUGUGUGUGUGGCUGCCGACCAUGGCCGCCGUGUCAGCACCACCAGAAGCUGCUGCUCCCUCUGCACCUAUUCCUUCCGCUACCGCCACAGUCUCUCACCCUCAACCACCACCACCACCACCACCACCUGCUUCCAGCAACAUCGCCUCAUCAGGCAUACCUGCAAGCCAAGGUUCCCUUCCCACCAAGACCAAGACCAACACCACCGACGCCCACAGUUUCUCGUCGUCUCCUCCACAGCAUCCCAUCGAGCUCCCUGGUUCUAUUCCUGAGGAGAGCGAUGAGGAGUCCGAGAUUGUCUCUCAUAACGAGCCAGUCACGCCUGUUAGUGGCAGGCAGUCCUCCGAGUUCCCGGCCAUUCAGAACCGCGACCACGACAGCAACAAUCUCGUGUCUCCCUUUCCCUCGAUCCCAUCCGAGACCCCCAAGGCGGCCAACAACAACACCAACGCCCUUGCGCUGCGCCAGUCCCCCUUUGCCAACCACACCUUCGAGUUCCCUCCUGCCGCCGAGCCCACCGACGAGGAGCCUCAGCCCCAGGAGUCUCUAAAGCAGCCCCCGUUAUCAUCGCGUCGCCAGAGCACCUCGCCUUCUGUCAUCUCUCCUCCGACCACUGCCCGGACCUCGACAGACGAGCAGCAGGAGUCCACUACCACUACCACCGCUACCAGAACCACCUCAGCCACAGCCAACCAGGACCGCCGGCGUAGCACGCGCGGCUCUACCUCGGCGGGCUUCAAGCGCACCAUGUCGAACCUUUUCUCCAGUAGCCGCAAGCCUGGCUCCAUAGAUGGUCAGCAGCAGCAGCAACAGCAGCAACAACAGCAGCAGCAGCAACAACAACAACAACAACAGCAAGACCAGCAGCAGAACGUCAUGGUGGUUGCCACGCAGCAAAAUAACGGCCCAGAAGCACCUCGGCGGUGGUCCAUGGCCCGUUCGUCCGGCGCCACCCCGCUGUCCACCUUGCCGCCGUCCCCCACCUCGCCGACCGAUCAGGACAGCAAAAGCUUCCUGGCCGCCCCCGACGCCAAGGAAGACGGCGGUUUGUCCAAGAAGAAUCGUUCUUCCACGGGCCUGUCCCUGCGCAACCGUGUCAACUUCUCCCUGGGCAGUGGCCGCGGCUUCAGCAGCAGCAAGACGGGUGCUGGGCGCCGGCGCGCCUCCAGCUUCGACGGCAAGCGGCCUGACCUGAAACAAAAGGACGAGGCGCCCGGCCACCCCUUGCAUGCACGCCAGGUCUUCUAUGCUGUCGCCGAGGCUGGUGUCGGCGUCAAGGCGCGACGGCUGAGCCUGAGCCUGCCUGAUGACAUCCUCAUUGAUGUGGGCGAACUGACCAAGGAGUUUGAGUACCAGCACAAGUUCUUUGGCCGCCACCGCGACAGUCUUGGGAAGGGCGCCACGGCGCAGGUCAAGAUCAUGGCGCGCAAGGGUUUCCCCGGCGAGCUGUACGCCGUCAAGGAGUUCCGCGGCAAGACGUCGUCCGAGACCAAGGAGGAGUACGAGAAGAAGGUCAAGUCCGAGUACAGCAUCGCCAAGAGCCUGCACCACCCUAAUAUCAUCGAGACGGUGCGCCUGUGCAUCGACCACGGCCGCUGGAACCACGUGAUGGAGUACUGCUCCGAGGGCGACCUGUUUGCCCUGGUCAAGAAGCGCUACCUCACCAAGCCCGAGCGCAUGGCCGACCGCCUGUGCCUGUUCAAGCAGCUGGUCCAGGGGCUCAACUACCUGCACGCCAACGGCAUCGCCCACCGCGACAUCAAGCUCGAGAACCUGCUGCUCACCAGGGACAGCAAGCUCAAGAUUACAGAUUUUGGCGUCUCCGAGGUCUUUUCUGGCAUACACCCCGGCGCUAGGGAGUCGGGUGGGGAGUGUGGCAGACAGAUGGGCGAGAUUCGUCUGUGUAACCCGGGCGUCUGUGGCAGCGAGCCCUACAUUGCCCCCGAGGUCCUGGCCAAGGACAGGAAGUACGACCCCCGCGCCCUCGACGUCUGGGGUGCUGGUAUUGUCCUGCUCGUCCUCAUCUGCGGCUCCACCCUCUGGGAGAAGGCCAAGGUUGACGCCCCCAACUCGGAGCACUACACGGCCCUGGUCAAGUCGUUUGACAAGUGGAACGCCAAGGACCGCAGCGGCGACAACGAUGAGGCGCAGCAGCAGAGCCCGCCCAUCAUCACCGAGUCUGACUACCCGGCCUAUUUCAUCUUCGACAACUUUGUCAACCCGCCCGCCUUGCGCCGCAUCAUGCUGAUGAUGCUCAACCCCAACCCGGACGGCCGCGCCACCAUCACCCAAAUCCUCAACCACCGCUGGGUCAAGAACAUCGAGUGCUGCCAGCUCGAGAGCUACGACGACCCCGCCCUGGUCAUCGAUGCCACCAAGAGCGCCACCCUGAACGCCAAGGGCAACAAGAAGAUCUUUUGCCAUAAUCAUCUUCCCCCACAGGCGCACAACACUCACUCCCUGGGAAAGAUGCCCGGCCAGUCCGGUUAUUAAUGUGAAUAACCAACUUUAUUCCAUCAACCCUAAUGGAAUCUUCCGACCACCCUUUUUUUCCCCUUGGGAUCCUAUUCUCAAUGGGAUCUUUAUUCCCCCAUCAUGCACAAGUCUUUUCAUAUAUCUAUUUCAUCCCCACCGUUGCGUUUUUUUUCUUCUUUUUCUUUUCCAAUUGUUUACUACCACGUCCUCGACUGUUUUCCCGACUGUGGACACGACGCGAUUUGCGAUGCCUUUCUUCUUAUUUUUUUUCUUCUUCCUCCUUCUGCUUUCGUUUUUCCUACGCACCGGGAGGUCUAGACUGCGGCACAACGCAUUUUCCGGACAAAUGGCGGGCGUUUCACGGUCAUUUUCUUUUUGCCUUUUCCUCUGUCUCUCUGUGUGAGGGGAGCUAGGCGGGGUCCAAGGGGGUUCUUACAAUAUACUGGACAAUUUUGAAAUCACGGCCGGUCUGAUCACGAAACAUGGGGCGGCAAAGGUUCAUUUGGGAGGCUCAACCAUCCUGGGUGGGAAGGCUGCAUUGUGCAACUACUUACAAUUACUGCUACUACUGCUAUGACAAUAACAUGGUGGUCGGUGUCUUAUUGGACCGCUGCGUUCGCGCUGGUCACCUUUUCCUUCCUGCUCUUUUUCUUCUUUUUUUCUUUCUCUACAGUAUACGUCUAAUUAAUGAAGAAAAAAUCAUGGGGGGGAGGGGGGGGGAAAGCAAUGGAAAGAAGAGACCUGGCAGCUGCACCGAUGAGAGAAUUCACGACGAGGUUAAGUUAGAGGAAACAAAACUGGAGGGCGGUGCGAGGAUGGCUGGGCCAGCUGCAGUACAUAGUUUGGCAGACUGGAGGACCUCGGAUACUCCAGUCGCUCACAUAAAUGAGCUCUCUCUCUCUCUAACUCAUACACUCGAGAGCAAUACGAUACAUUCUAUG